CGUUCAAUUCUCUUGCACACGAGCACCGGCGAGUAAAAUCAGUGAUACCCGACUCGCCCUUUUGAAGAUACAUACAGGCCCAUGUAUGUAUAAUUGAGUGUCUGUGUUAUCACUUGUUUGUGUUUGUUGACUGUAUUAGCCCUAAUUUUUGUUGAUUCUUUGUGGGUUUGAUGGAGCGAUUCAGGGGUGAAGAUUUGAGCUUUCUUUGAGUUUGAUACCAAGUGCAGGCUCAUAGCUGAUAUUAGUCAUUAUAAAUAUUCUUUUGAGCGGGCAGUAAUGGAGGCACGACAUGCUCUAUCCUUUCAAACGUCAAGUGCUAGACCACUUAGUAAUCAUGGGGCACCUGGAGGUCUAUCUUCAUCGUUACCUGUUCUUUCCAAUCAUCAAUUGCCAGUUUAUCAAGAAGCUUCAAUGGAAAGAACACUUGCGUCAAAUUCUUCAAAUGUUCGGCCUUUGUUGCCUUCCAAUAGCGGGGUUGUUGGUCAUAUUAUAUCUUCAUCUGCUGGGUUCUCUUCUGAUCUCCAAUACUCCACAUCUGCAUCCCAUGGAAAUCAUUCAAGCAAAACUCCCUUUAUAUCUCAGUCAUCAAAUCAUGGAGCAACUAUGCCUUUACAUAAUCACUCAGAUUCUGGAAUCUUCAAGUCGACAGCAUCCAGUCGCUGUAUCACCGAAAACAACAACGAUUCCUGGUGUACAGAUUCAUUACCCAGCUACCUUGACUGUCCUGUAACUUCUCCUGGUGCAAACAAUCAGAUUGAUGACAAGAACGGUGUGUGUGUUGUGCCUUCUGAGGACUUUAAUAAGACAAGUGACUGGCAAGAAUGGGCGGAGCAAUUAAUUACUGAUGAUAAUGCUUUGCCUCCAAACUGGGUUGACCUGCUUGUGGAUGAUACUUCUGUUGCAGGUCCAGAACAACAGAUUAUUCCCUAUCAAAUGUCCACUACACCUAUGAACUGCCCAGUGCAGCAGCCUCAAGUACAUCAGCAGCAGCAGGUUAGUUUGCAACUUCCUGCUUCGUCUGAAGAGACUAGCACUGGUGUAACAAAAUCACCCUCAGCUGGAGGCAGUUCAUCCAAAGCACGCAUGCGGUGGACUCCAGAACUACAUGAAGCAUUUGUUGAGGCAGUCAACAAGCUUGGUGGCAGCGAAAGAGCGACUCCCAAGGGUGUUCUGAAGCAAAUGAAAGUUGAAGGUCUGACCAUUUAUCAUGUAAAGAGCCAUUUGCAGAAAUAUCGAACUGCACGAUACAAACCAGAUUCAGUGGAAGGAUCUUCUGAGAGAAAACUAAUGCCAAUUGAAGAGUUGUCAUCCCUGGACUUAAAAACCAUUUGUCGUGACAGGGGUAUUGAAAUCACAGAGGCACUGCGAUUGCAAAUGGAAGUUCAAAAACGCUUGCACGAACAGCUUGAGAUCCAGAGAAAUUUACAGCUGAGAAUUGAAGAACAAGGAAAACAGCUUCAGAUGAUGUUUGAGAAGCAACAGAAAUCUGGACUUGACAUGGCAAAGGUUUUGUUGACUGAUAUGGACAAACCUGAAGCAGUUCAGGAAUCCCCAGCCAAGAGUGAACAAGGGUCCCUACUUUUGCAGCAUCAGCUACCAGUGGAUGUCCCAGAAAAUGCCGCCCCAGCAUCAGAAGACAUUUCUGCUCACUUAACAGAGAACCAUUCAGAACCUGAAGUUGAAAUUUCGAAGGAUCUUGCAUCAACUGUCACUGACAAUUCAACCUCUCAACCAGCAAAGCGUUUGAAAGUAAAUUAAUAGCCACGCCAUUCUCAUCCUCUUAGAUGCAUGUAGUAUCCUUCGUCAUCAUCAUGUAGUACAGGUAGUACAGGAUAGUAAGGAAGUUUGGAACUAAUAUCUUCGUCUUAGUAGUUGUUUCUGGAUCAGGGGCUUGUGCCAUCUUCAAUUCAACUUAUAAGCUAAUUUUUGAAGUUUUGGUGAUCAUACUUUCAUACUCAUUCUCCGUGGAAUUUGAGCUAUAAGAAAGGGUGAACACACAUGGACUUUAGCUGGAAUCCUUCAUAUUCUUUUGCCUAUAGUUCUUCUGCUUGCGAGAUCAUGACUGUAUAUGCCUUCAUAGGUUCUAUGCAAUUUCUUCCUUUGUUGAAUAAGAAAUGCCUUCUGCAGUCCAAACUUGCCCCUUCUUUCCUCCAGCUUUGAAGUGAUUUUGGUUGAUAGUUACAUUGUUGACUACAAUUUCGAUGUAUCUAUUAUGUUUCGAACAUAAAAGUCCAAUGUUAGCAUUUGGAUUUGCGGAACUGUAAGUUUGGUAAGAACAUAAAUAUUGUUUCAAUAGUAUUAGGACAUCAUUAUAUUAGGCACAUGUAUAUUUUAAGCCUUUAAGUUUCUGAUUUC